CGGAUCCUUCGGCGUACUGUAACGGCUGCAUGAUGGCAUGUCGGAGCGGCUGCUGUUGUGGUUCCGGUCCACUUAACGAAGACAACGCGAGGUUCGUGCUGCUGGCUGUGCUCAUCAUCAUCUACAUGCUGUGCGGAGCCGCAGUCUUCUCCGCGCUGGAGCAGCCCAAGGAACGAGAGGCGAAGGCGCGCUGGGAGCAGAGGCUCCACAACUUCAGUCACAAGUACAACCUCAGCAAGAAAGACCUCAACAACUUCCUCAGGAACUACGAGGAGGCAAACCGAGCCGGAAUCCGCGUGGACGCCAUCCGACCUCGAUGGGACUUUACAGGUGCCUUCUACUUCGUGGGAACUGUGGUGUCCACUAUCGGGUUUGGAAUGACAACUCCUGCCACCAUUGGAGGGAAAGUCUUCUUGAUGUUCUAUGGCCUCCUUGGCUGUUCGGCCACCAUCCUGUUCUUCAAUCUCUUCCUGGAACGUGUCAUCACGAUCAUUGCCUUUGUCCUCAAGUUCUGUCACAAGUAUCACGAUAACCUCGCUGUGCUGCAGCAAAAUGGCCAGCGGGCAUCUGAGGAAUGUGGAGCAAGUAGAACGAGUGGAGGUGGAGCAGGCAAAAGAGAAACUCUGGUCGGCUGGAAACCUUCAGUCUACUGUGUCGUGCUCAUCCUAGGUGCUGCUGCCAUCUCGGUGUCUUGCUGUGCCUCGCUGAUGUACUCGGCAGCUGAGGGCUGGAGCUACCUGGACUCACUUUACUUCUGCUUUGUUGCCUUUAGCACCAUUGGAUUUGGAGAUAUGGUGAGCAGCCAGCAGGUUGUCUAUGAAGGCCAUGCCACAGACACAUAUCGACUGGGCAACUUCUUCUUUGUCCUGACUGGAGUCUGCUGCAUCUACUCUCUCUUCAAUGUAAUUUCCAUAGUAAUCAAGCAGGUUCUCAACUGGCUGCUGAGGAGGCUGGAGUGUCGCUGCUGCUUCUCCACUAAGGGUCCCCACCCACACAGAUACCCCCGACGUAACAUUGUGGCCCCUGAUCAUCUUCGUGUUUGCAGAGAACUGUCCAUCGAGACAGAUGCAAUCAAUGAUAGUGAAACGGACACUGGACGCAGGAUGUCUGGGGAGAUGAUCUCCAUGAGGGACUUCCUGGCAGCCAACAAGGUGAAUAUGGCCCUCAUGCAGAAGCAGCUGUCGGAGAUGGCUGCCGGGCAACCAAGACAAGCCAACUCCACCGUACACCAAAACGGUUUCUCAGGAGGGGUGGGCGCACUUGGCAUCAUGAACAACCGGCUGGCAGAGACGAGCGAGGACAGAUAGAAACACAACAUGAACACAUUUCCAGAGAACCAAAGCUGAAGGAACCUCAGCGUACGGAGCAUUCCCAAUGAGCUCAUCAAAUACC